AUGGCUCAGAAACUUGAAGCUAUUAGGGGCGGUGGAGGUUCUAUCAAAGUAGGUACAACUGGGACAAUAAGUUCCCUAAUGUCCCGAGAACUCGAAUCUGCAAAAUCUGCAUCUCAGUUGCCUUGUCUGUGCACAUCUGUCCCUGCUUCAACUGUUGAUGCAACUCCAAGAAGAUUGAAACAAGGAACGUCAGCAGAUGAAGCUAGCAGUAGCAGCAGCGGCACGGGCACUUUUGGAAACCAUAAGGACCCAGAUAAUUCGAGGAGGAAGCACGGUACUCCACAAAUUCCCAUGCUAACAGCAUAUGAUGAUACAUCGGUAGAUGGAACUCCUAUAAGAAAAAAGGGAUCCAAGAAAGGUCAGGGCAUGGUUGAAAUAGUCGACAUAAAAUGCAGAAAUCCCAUCGCACACCGUCUAAAGAAACUCAGCUUCUCGAAACUACCUGACAGUAAUGCCUAAGGUUUGUAGCCUCUUGAGAUUUCAUCUUUCAGAUUUCUGUAGGCGAAUACAGAGAACGAACUUGGCUGAAUGUUGACGUUUGCUACUUCGAUCACAGAACACACGCUUGGUAGGAGCCUCUUGCCUCCUCCUCUCUUGUUUCUCCUGGGAAUGGCAAUCACUGAAUCAAGCUUUGGUUUGAAGAACUCGCCUGUCAAAGGGAGUUUAUUGUGGCAUGGUUUCUUCAAGCUGCUCGUGUCGCCUAAAUCAAGGCGGCUGAAGUGAUCUAUUUCUUUCAUUAUGAGAGAUCCAAUGGUACCUCUAGUCCCUAUCGCCACCGGAUCAGAUUUCGCUGCUUCUGUUUUGUCAGGUGCAGGGCCAAGACUAGGUGGUAUUUGGGUCGUCUUUUGUGGGAGAUGCAUGUCCUUGGAGACGGGCCGCUUUGGAGGAAGGGCACUUGCUUAGGAUGUGAGGUAUAAUAAUGUUGUUCUUGGUUUCUGUUUUGAGACAGUGUAUUUAUUAAGCUUAUUUAUAAGAGUAGUAAAGAGUCUCUGCUAGCCCUUCUAACUGUGUAUGCUAUCAGUUUAAAUGUGAAGUACAAUAAUGUGCUACUA